CGAUCUCACAUAUCCCAACAGAUGCCUCAAACCUUAAACCCAAAUCUUUCCAAAUCAAAACAUCUCUUAAACAACAGCAAUCUCAAUCAAGAAAAACCUUGUCAUUAGCCCUAAGUUCACUACAAGUUUAGCACAUUUUUGCAGUGAUUGGUUAUAAAGAAGAUGAUGAGGUGGGAGAAAUUGGAGAUACAUAGAGGAGGGCCGGGGAAGAGAUGGGGACACACGUGCAACGCCGUUCGUGGCGGUCAGCUGCUCUACAUCUUUGGUGGUUAUGGCGAAGACAACACCCAGACUAACAAAGUUCACGUCUAUGAAACCACUACAAGGACGUGGAGCGAACCUGAUAUGCAGGGCACACUGCCUGUGCCAAGAGAUAGCCACAGCUGCACCACCGUUGGAGAUAAGUUGUUUGUAUUUGGGGGCACAGAUGGGAACAUACCUCUUAAGGAUUUGCAUAUUUUGGACACCUCCACAAAUACAUGGAUGGCACCAUAUGUAAGAGGGGACGGUCCAGAAGCACGAGAAGGCCACAGUGCUGCGCUUAUUGGCAAAAGACUCUUCAUCUUUGGGGGAUGCGGAAAGUCUUUUGACACUCCCGUUGAAGAAUAUUUUGAUGAUUUAUACAUAUUAAAUACAGAGACAAUGGUAUGGAAACGGGUAGCUACAACUGGAAUUCCGCCGGCGAAGCGUAACAGCCAUACUUGUGUCUCAUGGAAAAACAAAAUUAUUGUGAUUGGUGGGGAAGAUACCCAGAACUAUUAUAUGUCUGAUGUCCAGAUGCUUGAUACAGAUACUCUUACAUGGACAAAGUUGGUAACCAAUGGUGAGCUGUUGCCACCUAGAGCUGGUCAUACAACAAUUGCGUUGGGCAAGAACUUGUUUGUCUUUGGAGGUUUUACUGAUGCUGAAGACCUGUAUGAUGACUUAUAUAUGUUUGAUCUUGAAACUUUUAGCUGGACCAAGGUUAUGACAACAGGAGAGGGGCCUUCUGCCAGAUUUUCUAUGGCUGGGAGCACUUUACAUCCGCAGCUUGGGGGUGUUCUUAUAUUCAUGGGUGGUUGCAAUAAGAGUCUUGAGGCGCUUGACGACAUGUUCUACCUAUUCACAGGACUUGCUAGUGACAAUGAGCGAGAUGAAAGAAAACUAGAGAAGUUAUCUUUGAGGAAGCAGUUAAGGUUAAAGAGUCAAGAGCAACAAACUAUGACUCCUGUGUGUGAUAGCACAAUGAUUGGCAUGGAGAAGAGUCCUAAUGCCAACACUCCCAUGACCAUGCCAAGUCAUAUCCAAACGCAAUCAAACAGACAGAAUAUCUAUCUAAAUGAAUAUCAUAAUCCGCAUGGGAAGAGAACAUUUCAAGCGAAAGUCACAAAGAACAUUACAAAUUGCUAUACCAUUGAGACGGUUAUAGAUGGGAAGCCUCUGCGUGGAGUUUUAUUCUCCAACAACAUAGGCUCCAAGAAAGCCGCUGCUGAUGACUUAAGAAGGAAAAGAGUUGCAGUUGACAGUGGCAAAAAAGGUUUUGAGCAUGUUAUGAUGGAUAAUGCAAAAAGACCUGAACACCAGAUGCAAGGCGCUACUUCUGCUGCUUCUGAUAUGAAGACACCGGCAGCUUCUAAUGUCUCUCCGCCCCACGAGGUUUCAGGAGGUAGAAAGUCAUCUUUGGAAUUUAACAGGAUGAAUACAUCAACCGCAGCUGAAGAUACUGCCAAUUCUAUUCCUAACCAUGGUAUAAACUUCUUUUUUACCUCUUUAGGAUUUUAUAACAUUUUAUUAUGCUCUGACAUCUAUUUGGUUGCUCUAGAAAUUUGUUAUGUAAACUUGAAUCCCUAAUUUUGUAGUACAAACCAAAUUAAGCUCUCAUUUGCUUUUGUUGUUGGGUAACUUCACCUUUUUAGAUUUCUUUUAAUUAGAUGCUGGAUCCUUCUCCUUUCUCUAUUAGCAUUAGAAGCAGUAAAUUGUUUGAGAUUCAGACGCAAGUCAGAUUGUAUGAAA